AUGCAGGGCGCUUACAAUUCUGAAAGCGAUGAUGAGAGAUGCCAGUUUCCGACAUUUACGGAGGCAGUUAGGAAGCACGCGAAUUGGGAUGAGCUGAAGACGAAGAAGAAUCAUCAAUUCUUGUUUGACAUCAAUGCACCUCAUUCUCUUCCUCCCUAUCCUUUGAUAUUCAGUGAUAAAUGGGACUCCGAUCAUGUAAGAAUGCCUUUCUCACCGAGCAAUAUUCUCAAAAAGAAAGGCGCAAGUUCAUCUGGCCCAGGGUUUAAAACGCAAAUAGUCGACGGAGUAAAGAGGCUUGUUGGAUAUGAAAAAGGUUCACCCGAGCCCAAACCUGAGCCUGUUCAAAAAGGGCGAUGGACAGAGGUGCUAGAUGGAAUUGGCAAUCUGGAAGGAUUUGACCGUGUUGCAAUUUUUUCAGCGGAUGAUUUAUUGAAAAAUAUUCAAAAGUAUAAUCCUCAAGUGAAAGAUGUCACACUCCUCGAAAGCUAUUUCCGACAAAACCCCGAAAAGAAGCCAAGAUUUUUCAAUAGGAUUCUUCCUAAAAUGCGCAAAAUGGUUGCUAAUGCCGACAAAGUGUUGACUCAAGCUCCUCAACUGCUGAAAAAACUCCAUACUCAGGGAGAACGUACAAUUUGGAUGACUCAAGAGCAAUGUGCUCAUUUGCUUGUUCUUUCCUUUUUCUGUUGCUGGCCGAAGCGAAGUGGAAAAAGAUCUGCUAGAAACAAAGAAGAUGAAUAUGAUCGUUUCAACGAGAUCAACUUUACUCGCUUUUUUAGUCUACAACCGAGUCCAUCUUGCUUCGCAAAGCUCGAGUGUAUCAUUGAGUACUUCAAUUCUGUGACAAAGGAGAUGCCUAAAGGAGUGAUCAGCUUCAAACGAACAUAUGAGGAACAAAUUCCAAACUUGGACGACCCAGACAUAGAGUUUGCUGACGCUAAGUGGAUGCCUUGCCAUAUUAAAGGAAAAGGGUUGAUCGAAGAUGAAGGAGAUAAAUUCAUCCAAGCUGACUUCGCGAACAAGUUUAUCGGCGGUGGAACACUCGGCCGGGGCUGUGUUCAGGAAGAAAUCAGGUUCAUGAUCUGUCCUGAACUCAUCAUCACUCAAUUACUCUGCGAAGAAAUGCAAAAAGAAGAGGCGAUCAUCGUCACUGGCGUCCAACGAUUCUCAAACUACUCGGGCUACGCUGAUUCCUUCAGAUUCGAAGGCAGUUAUAAUGAUCCUCUUGCUGUAAGCUACAAACGAGAUUGCUACGGACGAAUUCCAACUGAAGUUUUUGCUAUCGACGCUGUCAACUAUGUGUAUCCCUAUCGCGGAGACACACCUCAUGACCAGUUCUCUGCAACGAGCAUCAAGAGAGACAUUCUCAAAGCGUACUCGGCUUUCAAAGGCUGCACUCCAGCUACAAUCGCUACAGGCAACUGGGGAUGUGGCGCCUUUGGAGGAGACCCGGAGCUCAAGUUUGUGAUUCAAAUGAUUGCCGCUGCGUUUGCCCAGCGACCUCUAUGGUACUUUUGCUUCGACGAUCUUAUGACUCGCAGUGAUGCGAAACUAUCAUCAACGCUCGCGGAAAUCAAGUGCAGCAUUGAGAAGAAAUCUAUCCCUUAUGUUUUCGAGCUUCUAACUGAGUUCGAACCUGGACGAGAGAAGUUCUCCGAGUACCUGAAAAAGAACGAUCCUGAGCCGACCCCAGGAACUGACUAUACAAUGAGUAUCAUCCCUUUCCCAACUUAUUAUGACGCCUGUCCCAAGACAUCUGAUUGGGAAAAGGUUCUUGAAACUGAUCAAGUUCUUUUCGAUGUAACUUCUGUUGGAAAAGAUCGUAUUCUUCCAUCAAAGAAGACUUUCAACGGAGAAUACUCCAAGGAUGACUUUGUCGACAUGCCGUUCUCUGAUCAUUCUUAUUGGCAAACCAUCAAAACUAAAAUUUGCGACGCGCAAUUUGAGAACCUCUCCCAACUCGAAACUGCAAUCACUUCUUACAAUAAAUCCGUCAGAUCUCUCAAAUGCCUCAAUGCUUUUUUUCAAAACAUUUCCCGACGAGCAGUCUUUUUUCUUCGAAUCGCUUCUUCCGAAAAUGCAGAAAAUCGUGCGAAAGGCACCGAAUAUUCUCACCGAAGCGCCUUGUCUCCUCAAAACAGGGAUGAACAAAUCUAUUUGGAUGACGCAGGAGCAAUGCGUUACUGCCUUGGCCGAAACAACAUCCAGCUUGAUUUCGCCGAUGAAUUCAUCGGCGGACUAACUCUUCGAUGGGACACGCUUCAGGAAGAAAUUCGCUUCUUGAUCUCACCAGAACUGACUGUGGCGCAGCUUUUUUUCGAGAGAAUGUCUGAUUCAGAAGCGAUCAUCAUUACCGGCUCCGAACGCUUUUCAAGAUAUUCUGGUUACUCUCAAUCGUUCCGUUUUCGCGGCAAUUUUGUGGACACUCAGCCGAGAGAUGGUUACGGAAGAAAAGGGACGCAGAUUCUCGCGAUCGACGCUGUCAACUACGGAUACGGCGAUCACGGAAGAUCUCAAUUCGACGAAGAAAGCAUUCGAAGGGAUAUUCUCAAAGCAUUCAUUGGAUUCAAAGGCUGCGUUCCAGCCACGAUUGCGACUGGAAAAUGGGGAUGUGGUGCGUUUGGAGGAAAUGUCCAGUUCAAAUUCGCAAUUCAAUUAAUUGCUGCCGCGCUAGCUUCCAGACCGCUGCAGUUCUUUUCUUUCGACAAAGAAUGCUCAUACGAAGAUAAUCCCCUCUCUUCGACGUUAGAAUCUAUCGCUAGAAUGUUCAGAACAUUGACAAUCGAUGAAGCAUACCAAGUCCUGCUUACGUUCAAGCCACGCGAGAAUACAUUUGCUGAACAUUUGCAAAAAUGUACGGAGAUAUAA